AUGAAGUUGUUCUUGGCUCUGGCAGCACCCAUGGUGGUCCUCGCCCAGGCCAAAUCGCCAUCGUUUGAUUCUUUCUACAAGGUACCUUCGGACAUUGCUGCAUAUCCCGUCGGCACUGCCGUGGGCAACCGGAUUCGCCCUGUGAACACAAGCUUGACUCUCACCACCAACGCCGGAAACCCGCUCAAACAAGCCUAUCAGAUCUUCUACCGAACCAGCUCCACAGGCGAUGUCGCCGACGGAACCGUCGCGACGGUUUUCGUGCCCGUCAAUGCCAAACUUCCCGCAAAGAUCCUUUCUUAUCAGACAGCGGAGGACUCGGCGAACCUGGAUUGUGCUCCGAGUUGGGCAUUGGUCAACGGUUCGGCAUCUACGAAUGCCGACACCGUGAAGUUGGAAGGCUCCGCCGUCGUCGGGAAUGCCCUCAGGCAAGGCUACUACGUCGUGGUCCCGGAUGCUCUGGGUUCCAAGUCCGGCUGGCUCGCCGGGCGUACCGAAGGUCGAGCCUGCCUAGACGGCAUCCGGGCCACGAUCAAAGCAUUCAACCUCCCCCGCUGCACUCCGACCGCGCUCUACGGCUACAGCGGCGGCGCCCACAUCACCAUCUGGGCAUCCUCCCUCGCCGCCACCUAUGCACCCCAACUCAACAUCACCGGCGCCAGCUACGGCGGCGCGCCCGUCGACCUCCGCACGACCUUCAACUCCCUCAACAAAGGCUUCGGCGCCUGGCUCGCGGGGGCCGGACUCUUCGGCCUGGCCAACGCCUACCCUUCCGUGAACAGCUACUUCACUUCGAAAUACAACGAUCUCGGCCGGGCCAACGCCACGCUCUUCCGCACGCCGGGCUACUGCAUCAACAACCGGGCGCAGGACGGCGUGAGCAAAGACUACCUCGGCAUGUUCACGGAGGACAUCCUGGCGAACGGUACCGUCUUCUCGACCGUCUUUGAUAACGAAUCUCUGCUCGCGACCUCUUCGGAAUUGGCCGUCCCCGCGCCGAAAUUCCCGCGUUAUCAGUACCACGGCCGGAACGAUGAGGUCGUGCCUUUCGCGCCCGCUCAGCAGUAUGUCAACGAACAGUGUGGGAAAGGGGCGCAGAUUGCGUUUGAAGUGCUCAGUGGGACUCAUCCCGAGGCUGGCGUGAAUGGAAUAAACCGGGCAUUGAAAUUCGCUUUUGCCGCGCUCGAGGGGAAGUUGUCGAAGAUUACGUGUGGACAGCCGUGGAGUUCAGCUUGA